GAGGAGACCAUGGGGAUUUCUGUGUCCCUCACCUCCAAGCAAACUCCCCUCAUUAACGAGGACACCUUGUCUUCUCCUGUGGAGGACGGACAGACGGAGGCAGGCAGGGUGUCUGACGUCUCCCAAUUUCCCUACGUGGAAUUCACUGGAAGAGACAGCGUGACGUGUGCGACGUGUCAGGGAACCGGCAGGAUCCCCAGAGGACAGGAGAAUCAGCUGGUUGCGUUGAUCCCAUACAGCGAUCAGAGACUGCGGCCCAGAAGGACGCGCAGGGAACAUCCGCUGAUGUUUAUCUCCUGGUUUUCGUACUUCCAGAACACUCUGAACAUCACCAACAACAACUAUUACUCUGUGGAGGUGGCCAACAUCACAGCUCAGGUGCAGUUCGCCCGGCUGGUGAUCGGUACAUCUCGGAUCAGCACCGUCAUCGCCAUAAGUCCUCUGGACGAGAAACAGAUCGAUUACAUGGUCCCCACUCGCAUUGAAGAUGAGUUGACCUACCUGUAUGAAUACUGCACUCUGGAAACCAUCAAGGUUCACAACCUCGUGGUCAUGAGUCAGGUGACCGUCACGGCGACCUACUUCGGCCACUCAGAGCAAGUAUCUAAGGAGAUGUAUCAGUAUGUGGAUUGUGGGAGCAACACUACGGCGUUCAGAGGAGCAGAUAAGGGCCUACUUCCUGCUGAGUGAUACUCCUGCUGUAGCUCCGCCCACAUCAUCCUGGUUCAGAUUUUUUUGUUUUAUUUUGGGUUAAAAAAAACUACUGUUGUUAAAAUAAAAAUUUUUUAUUUUCUUUGAGAGUUUAUUAAAAAGACUAAGAUAAGGUUAACUUUUCAUCUUAGUCUUUUACAAAUUUAUUAAUCAAACCAUAAUUCAUUUUUUUAAAUUGGAAACGUUAUAAAAGCUUUUAUUUAUAGAAGUAACCUUUUUAAAAAUCCGAGUUGUGGAUAUUGAUAGUUUGGUCUCUAAGCAGCGGCGCCUUCCUCCACUGUUCAUAAAGGGAGCCAUGUUUAUCACCUCCCUGUGACCAGCAGUGAUGUUCAGGGUUAACUUUGGAGGAAGGAGCCUCUCUUCUGUUCACUGAACUCAGUCUUUGUGUUUUUAUGAUUUCUGUUUUGUUUUUGUCUCAAAAGAAGCUCGUUCCUUUGACUUUUCUGAACCUCCAACUGACUUCAUGUUGAAUGUGCUGCUAAAGUUCUGUUUAGAGUUUAUAUUAAUGAUUCUGAGGUGGAAAUCAGUGGCUGCUGGCCAAUAGAGGGCGCUAGGGUGCCGCCCCGCUCACCAAAUGAACUUGACAAAACUAUAACACCAAAUAAAACAAAACAAAAAAUUAAAUAAUUAAAUUAAAAUAUUCUGAAAUAAAUUAAUAUAUAUUUUUUAAAUGUUCAAGAUAAAUAUUUAAUCUUUAAUGACAAGUAAAGCUGUUUUAUUCGUUGUUGGAUUGGUUAUGUAUUUCCUCCCAGGGGAGCUAAACUCCUGCACCCAGAGCUGAAAGCAGCUUUAUUUGCCAACCACCUCCCUCCACAGCGCUGACGUCACAGUCGUCUGUUAGAAAGUCUAGCUGAUUGACAGGUUUAUAGAAUUAUUUA